AGUUGGGAACUGAAAGAAUUCAGUGCAACACACCGGGGACAACAACAAGACUGCGCCGGAGCUUAGCGCAGGAAAUAGGUUGCAACUUUCCUUAAAAAAAGGGUCUCGUUAGUGUAUCCAUGCGAGCGGCUGUUACAGGAACCCUUUGAUAGUUGGGGUACGCUCCGGCCUCUGAAAUGUCUCCAGGAAGAGUGACCUGCGGAUGAUGGUGUGAGUUUCGGAGGACAGCCGUAUUUUUGCCAGGAGGAAAGAGAUCCCGGCACGGAGCCGAAAGGGAAAGCCUCUCUGAAGCUGUCGUGCUGCCAGUCGGGUGCCGAGAUGUGGGCGCAGCCAGGGUGGCUGUGGCUGUCUCUGGUGUGGGUCGGGGGCUGCGGCUCCCACAGCCUGUUCACCUGCGAGCCCAUCAAGGUGCACAGGUGCCUGGGGAUGCCCUACAACAUGACUUUCUUUCCCAACAUGAUGGAGCACUACGAUCAGGAAAUCGCAGCUAGAAAAAUGGAGCCGUUCAUGCCCCUGACAAAGCUGCGGUGCUCACCGGACGUCCACCUCUUCCUGUGCCAAGCCUUUAUCCCAGCCUGCAGCGAGGAGAACAGGGUGAUCCCCCCGUGCAGGGAAAAGUGUCUGGCCGUUCUGGCUCACUGUAAGGAGGAUAUGGACACUUUUGGCAUCGUCUGGCCUCCGGAGCUACAGUGCAACAAGUUGGAGCCAUGUGGGUCAGCUGGUUCUAUCCGUCCCUCCACCACCCCUGCGACCCCCUCGUCGUCUAAGAGAGACCUCGGCUUCUGGUGUCCGUUGCAGCUAAAGACCAAGCCGGGUCACGGCUCUUUCCUCGGCGCCCAGGACUGCGCCCCGCCCUGCUCCAACAUGUACUUCAAACCCCACGACAUCAAGUUCGCCAAGAGCUUCAUCGGCGUGUGUUCCAUCGUCUGCCUGGGCGCCACUCUCUUCACCUUUCUCACUUUCCUCAUCGACGUCAAGCGCUUCCGAUACCCGGAGCGCCCCAUAAUCUUCUACGCGGUGUGCUACAGCUUCGUCUCGCUCAUCUAUUUCAUCGGCUUCCUGCUGGGAAACGCCGCCGCCUGCGCCCCAGCGAGCCACCCCGCAGGCGUGGAUACCGUGGUGCUGGGCUCGCACAGCAAAGGCUGCACUCUGCUCUUUAUGCUCCUCUAUUUCUUCACGAUGGCGGGGAUUGUCUGGUGGGUCAUACUCACCAUCACCUGGUUCCUGGCGGCUGGACCCAAGUGGAGCUGUGAGGCUAUCGAGAAGAAAGCGGUGUGGUUCCACACCGCGGCCUGGGGAAUCCCCGGGGCGUUAACCGUCAUGCUGCUGGCUCUGAACAAGGUUGAGGGAGACAACAUCAGCGGGGUGUGCUUCGUGGGGCUCUACGACCUGGACGCGCUGCGCUACUUCGUCCUCGCGCCGCUGUGCGCGGGCGUCGUGGUGGGCCUCUUCCUCAUCCUGGCGGGCAUCGUCUCCCUCAACCACGUCAGGCAGGUGAUCCAGCACGACGAGCGCAACCAGGAGAAGCUGAAGAAGUUCAUGAUCCGGAUCGGCGUGUUCAGCUGCCUCUACCUGGUCCCGCUGGUCACCCUGUUGGCCUGCUACACCUACGAGCAGAGUCACCGCAGCUCCUGGGAGACCACCUGGAUCAACGACAGGUGUCAGGAGUACAGCAUACCCUGCUCCCACAAGGCGACAGAGCUCCACCGUCCCGACCUCUCCUUGUUCCUUGUGAAAUACCUGAUGACGCUGGUGGUGGGGAUCUCCGCCGUGUUCUGGGUCAGCAGCAAGAAGACUUGUUCUGAAUGGGCGUACUUCUUCAAAAGAACCCGUAAAAGAGACCCCAUCAGCGAGAGCCGCCGGGUGCUCCAGGAGUCGUGUGAGUUCUUCCUCAAACACGACAGCCGCGUCCAGCACAAGAAGAAGCACUGCAAGUCCGCCUCCCACAAGCUCAAAGUCGUCUCCAAGUCUAUGGGCACGAGCACCGCUGUCUCCCCCGCUAGCGCUCGCCAGGGCUCCUCCGCGUGCAACAACCUGGAGCCACACAUGAGGAGCUCCCUGUCGGACACCUCUGGCAGGGAGCACCUGGACCGGGGCGCCUCCGGCCGCAGCUCCAGGAGGGCGGAGAGGGAGAGGGAGAGGGAGGGGGCGGAGAGGCGCAGCAAAGCCGGGAGCUCCAGUAAGGUUAGCAGCCGCUCUGAGAGCAUGAACAGAGUCCUAGAAGACAGGAUGACUCCAAGGAGCGAGCUGUCGGACGCUAGACAAGCGACGAGUGGACAGCAGCAUCAUCCGGCUUUAAACCUAUCACACAGCAGCAGCAUCCAGGAAUGCGCCCCACAGACGGUGGACCAGGUGUCGGAGGAGAGCAGGGACCCAAAGGAGAUCUAAGCUCCCAAAUGUUCCCGUUCCGUCUUAAACUCCCCCGUUAUGUAGCUCAGUACCAAUCUUUGUUGGUUAAAACGCCCGCUGAGGGUGAAGUUGUAGCCAGUGAUUGUUUAGAGUCACGCAGCAUCCGUCACGUGGUCCAGAUGUGGUUGUGUUGGACCAGAAUCUGUGCAGCUGCUGUAGUUGUUGCAUCAUUUUUGUUGGCCGGUGACUGUGUGUUCCAGCUUUACUGAUCUUUUAGUCUGACUGCGGUAGGACCCAGUUGGACCGCAACCGUGCUAUUACCAAUGGUCAUUUAAGGAUGACGCAUACAGUAUGAAUGUUGUUUUAAAGGUUUUACUCAAAUGCCGUUUGAUUCCUACAGAUGAAUGCAUUAUAUGUGUAAAAUGUUCUUUUCAUAGUAGAAUUUAAGCUUUUUAAUGUAUUAGUCUACACACUGAAUUGUGUUAAGUGGUUCGUGACAUCGCCAAACGUUCAACCCAAGAAAGUUGUUGUGCCUAUAUUGGAAGCCUUAUCGUUACCCAGACCUACAACGUACCACUUUGUAAUGAGACCUCUCGCACCACUCUUAAAAUAGGCUCUUAAACUUGAAAAAGUUGAAUGUGUAAAUUCCUUUUGAAAAACCUCUUGUUUUUUCUUAAUUUUCUGAACUUUUUACUGUUGUUUUUUUUUUUUUUUUUGUACACUGGACGUCUUUAAACUUGACUGCGUGAAAUGACUGUUGCGUAACGAUCCAAACAUAAUCAAGCAGGCGUUUUGCACUCUGUGAUGUUAGAAGCACAAGCCACAAAUUAUUGAGUAAUAGAUAAACACAAGUAAUGUUUUGUGGAUAUAUAUGUGUGAGCAGGUCUGGGCCAAGGUUGUACGAGGUCCUAAGCAGCGUUUGAUUCUGGCGCCCACCUUCACCUUAACCCAUUGCAUUUACUACAGACCUGGGAGCAUCAUGUAGGGGAUAAAUGUGUGCAGAUAUGACUGUUGGUGUAAUCUUCAAAUUAUGAAGGUUUUCCUGUUUCCAGCAUGCAUUUAUCAACCUGUCCUGUAUAAAUCCAAGUGCCCACGGAGCCCCCAGGCCAUCAAAGUCUGCCUAUACCUCGGGUCGGUUCUACCUGUGAUCAGUAUUCAUGAUAUUAAGGUCCCAGAUAAGUUAUGUCAAGUUGUUUUUGCACACAUUAAGUGAUUCAUAUGAAAUUACUGCCGGAUUCUUUGAGUUGGUUGUCUUUUAAGCUUUCGAGAGUUCAGACAUUUCCAGAAUCACAAAUUAAAAGGGAAACUGUGUCAAUGGAUGUUGUGUUUUGUAUUUCCGAGGUGUGGUUCAUUACGGGCCUCGUUGUCUAAUGCUCCAUUUUGCUGUUUUCAGAGUCAUUUUUGUAUAUGUUCUUUUUGUAGUUUGUAAGUUCAGAUUACUCUGAUGUCUUGAAUAAAAAAAUUCUAUUUUA